AUGAAGCUUGCAGCCACCGGUAGAGCUGUGAGGCUCGCCUGGGUUGAACGGUCGGGGAUCGAGUUGAGGCAUCAAUCUACAAACGCUCCGAGAACUCCUAGUCUCGAAAUCGAUGGCAAAUGCUACGUUACCGACGAUUGGACCAACGUCCCAUCCUCGAUCCUUUCAUAUCUUCCCCACAAAUUGCAGCUCCAGCCCUCACACCCGGUAUCAAUAACGCGCCAAGUCAUUGAAUCUAACUUUCCGUCCCCAACAUAUACACACUACAAUGAUCUUCAUCCGAUUGUCACAGUCGCCGAGAACUUCGACUCCCUCGGCUUCCCUAGGGAUCACCCAGGCAGAAGUCGUACUGAUACGUACUAUAUUAACAAAGAUACUGUAUUGAGGACGCACACCAGUGCUCAUGAAGCAGAGAUCUUUCGACGUAACAAGAGUGAAGGUUUUACAAUCAGCGCAGACGUAUACAGGAGAGAUGCUAUCGACCGAAGCCAUUACCCUGUCUUUCACCAGAUGGAGGGAGCGAGGAUGUGGGAUCGACGAAAAGUGCCAGGAGGGGACGUGGCGAAGGCCGUCAGGACCGAUUUUGAGAGGCUGCCGAAGCACAGUCUAUCAAUCGAAGACCCAAACCCGACGACUCACGCGGAAAGAAAUCCCCGGCAGGCAGAACAUCACAGCCCAAAGGAAGUGGAAGCUAUCGCCGCCCAUUUGAAAAGAUCGUUAGAAGGAGUUGUGGUGGAGCUUUUUUCGAGGGCUCGGAAAGCUGCUAUUGCCGCUGGGCACGUCGAUGCGAAUGCUCUGGAACCCCUCAGGGCUCGCUGGAUCGAAGCUUAUUUUCCAUUUACGAGUCCUUCCUGGGAACUCGAGGUCUUUUGGCAAGGGGAUUGGUUGGAGGUUCUCGGGUGCGGCGUCACCAAGCAAGACGUCCUUAUCAAUGCUGGGGUACCAGAUCAGAUAGGCUGGGCGUUCGGUGUCGGACUGGAGCGAGUCGCUAUGUUGCUCUUCUCAAUACCAGAUAUUCGACUGUUCUGGUCGAAGGAUCCACGAUUCUUGAAUCAAUUCUCGAGCAAAGAAAAUGUCAAUACCUUCGUCCCGUUUUCGAAAUAUCCCGAGUGCUAUAAGGACGUAUCGUUCUGGCUUCGAAGCUCCAGCAGCAGCACCGGUGGUGGAAUGAGGAGCAAUGCCCAGGACUUCCACGAGAAUGACGUGAUGGAGGUUGUUCGAGAAGUCGGAAGCGACUUAGUCGAAGAUGUGAGGCUAGUCGAUAACUUCCAGCAUCCUGUUUCUGGGCGGAAGAGCCUUUGUUAUCGAAUAAACUAUCGAAGCUUAGAGAGGACGCUUCGGAACGAAGAAGUCAACCAGCUGCACGAAAGUGUGAGGAAGCAGCUUGUCGAGAAACUGGGUGCUGAGCUGAGGUGA